AUGACGACCCUGGUAGCGCCCGACACGGCGACACUCGAGCAACAGAUGGCUUCGACGCCGCCUGAGCAGCGCUGCGCUGUCUUCCUGCGGGUCGAGCGCGCCAACGCCGCGCAGCGGCGGGCAAUGGUGGGCUGGCGCACCCGCGCGGGGCAACUGCUGCGCAGCUCCAGCGAGGAGUCGCGCAUCAAGGGGCUGGCUCAGCUGCAGGUCGCGUCGUACGAGGGGCGCGGGGCGCUGCAGAGGACGAUGGAGAUGACGCAGCUGGCCAUGGAUGCCGCCCUGACGCUGCACAAGUCAGCGGCCGACGCGGUGCUGCUGGAGAGCUCCAGGAUUGCGCAGGGGCAGGAGGGCGCGGGCGAGUGGCUGCGGCGCAUGGUCCGAGAGCAGACGGGCGCGGUGCUGCGGCUGCUCGACCCCGGCCCCGACUGCCUAGGCCCCCUGGCCGCGCCCGCGCUGGAGGCGCGGUAUGGCAUCACGCUGACUCAGCUGGAGGUGGUUGCGCGGUUCCUCUUCAUCACCCACGCAAAAGGGGCAGAGCCUGACGGCCUCGUCGCCGCGCUGAGGGAGGCCAGGGUGUGCACGGAUCGGCUGAUGGUGGCCGAGGGUAACAGCAUAUUUGCAAAAUACAUGAUGGCUGACAUCAUCGAGUGGACGGAUGGCUGGAGCCCUGAGCUGGUGGCGCGGUUGCGAGAGGUGGCUGAGCUUUCGGCCGUCAAGGUCCCCCCUGCUGCUGCGGCUCCCUCCCCCUCCUUCCCCUCAUCUACAAGCUCUUCGGCUCCAAACGAGCAGCAGCAGCAGGAGCAGGAGCAGCAGCAGGAGCAGCAGCAGCAGCAGCUGCCGGCCGAGGGCACGUCGGUCGACGACGUGUACGGCUGCAUCGCCUGCUGGAACCUGCUGCGGGUGAUGGUGGGGGGCCCGCGGCCCUACAGGGUGGGCGACUACCGGCGUUUCAAGGCGCAGGCCGCAGCCCACAAGGCGGCGCUCAAAAAGUGGGGGUACUAUGAUGUGGCCGCCAGGCGCCGCGUCGACGCCAUCGCAUCAGGGGUUCAAGAGUUGUUCAAGGACGCGCUGUCCCGCGCGCUGGCCGCCCAGACGGGCCGCCGGCCGCAGGACAUCUCAUCAGAGGAGCUGCGGGCCGCGCCGGACGACCUGGAGAUCCAGGCGCUCCCAGAGGACACCUACCAGGAGGGAGUGGGCGUGGGGGCGCAGCAGCUGGGAGACGCGCUGGUCCCGCCCGUGCAGACGUGCGACCACUGCCAGCUGCCGUUUGGGAAGCUCAACCUCUGCACGGGCUGCCGGUGA